AGUUCUUUGCAUCUGCGGUUGCCUGAGUUUUGUAUGGCUGUCGUCAGCAAAGAGAUGUUUCAAUCAGAGGGGUGUGGAUCGGCGGGCUUCAAGGUUCAUCAUGAGCAUCCGCUGCUUUAGGACGGCUGUGUCUGACAGCAUCCACCUGCAACGGCCCUGGGACAGACAGAGCUGCCCCAGCUUCACACUCCACACUGGGUCUCGGUCAUCGGUGCAAUACAACAACCGCUCUAUCUCCCCCUGGCGGUACAGAAUCGAUGAGAGAGUGGACAGGAUUCCUGCUAAAAUCCUGGUGGCUGAGUGUCUGUACGAGGGCUGCAUCGUCAACAAGCACGAGGACAGGACAUAUAACUCUGUCCCUGUGUGGGCCACUGUCACCGUGCUCCAGAAGACUGUGUGCCCUGGCAACCCUCGACACUACCUGGUGACAGUAGACUCUGUUACCAUCCCUGUGGCGUGCACAUGUGUUGUACCCAGACAGAUGAUUUCAUCUCUUGGAUUAGGUUAAGUGUUACAGACGUGUCCAAAAUGGCACCCUAUUCCCUAUGUAGUGCACUACAAUACAUCCGUGUCCAAAAUGGCACCCUAU